GCAAUUUAAAAAGCAUGAGUAGGCCACACACAAGAAUUUCUCUCUUGCGAUCGGUUCUAAGGCCUAAGCUUCCCUGCUGAGCUGCGGCAACAAAGAGCACACUUACGGAGGAAAAGAGGGUUGAUUAGGAAAAUGAUUGAUUGAUAAAAGCGAAUGUGACCUAAAUUACGCUGAGAAUCGAUGAGUUCGCUUGCUGAUGGAGUUUAGAUUUUCGAUUCUCGGUGUGUUCUUGAAUUGUGUAUAGCGUGUUAAAGCUCUAAUUUGGUUGUCAAUGGAGACUCCUGUGAUGGUUCAUACGACUCCUAGUGAAUCAUAUUCCAAGGGACACAAAAGGAUGAAACUAUCUGAUGAUGGUGAUAAAAAUGGUAGUGUUGUAGAUUAUUCUGACCCUUUUGCCAUUUCUAGCUUCAUAGAUAAGUUGGAUUCUGGUAAAUAUGGCAGUGUUACAAGUGACAUUGAAGCUCUCGUUUCUUGGAGUCUUCAAGUGCUUGGCCCUUAUUUGAAGAAGCAUCCUGGGCUUUCGACUAUCUUAUUCGAUGGGAAAAAGGACCCAAAUAAAGAUGCUUCAAUGUCACAAGAAAAUGUUAUUGAUUUGGAGGAUGAUAGUGUUACAAACAAUCCUCAAACAAAACCAAGGCCUGUUGUGAUUUUGGAUUCAGAUGAUGAAGAUGAUAUAGACCAUAGGUCGACUUAUCCCUUCCAGGAGGUUGUCUUGGCAAGGUCCACUGGGCAAUUUAUUGCAGACACAGCAAUUCAGAUCCAUCCUGAUAGAAAAAAUUACGAAAAGCUGGUGAGCUUGGCUGGUGAAUUAGAGAUGAGAGAUAAAGGUGUUUUUGUUGGCAUAGAGGAGUUUGAUGAUGAUAAUCAAUCCAAAACUGAAGAUGAUGGUCUUGGAGAUAUUUGGAAUGAGAUGUCAUUGGCAUUGGAAUGUUCUAAGGAUGUUGCUGAAAAUCCUUCAUCUGAUGAAGACACACAAGAAGAUGAAGAAUAUUGUGAUCACUCUUCUGUUUUGAAGGAUGAUCUUGGUUAUGUUUGUCGCAUUUGUGGGGUUAUUCAGAGAGGAAUUGAGACCAUAAUUGAGGUUCAGUUUAACAAAAAAAAGAGUACACGAACAUUUGCACCAGAGUCUCGGAGUGCCAAGGACAGAGAUUCAAGUGAGAUGGUUGGAAUUGAAUUAUCCGAAGAAGAUUUGAUGGUGACUGACAUCUCUGCUCAUCCAAGGCACAUGAAGCAAAUGAAACCUCAUCAGGUGGAAGGUUUCAAUUUCCUUCGAAGUAACCUGGUGACAGAUAAUCCUGGGGGCUGCAUCUUGGCCCAUGCUCCUGGAUCUGGAAAGACAUUCAUGAUCAUCAGUUUCAUGCAGAGUUUCCUAGCCAAAUAUCCACAUGCUAGACCACUAGUGGUGCUUCCAAAAGGAAUUAUAGCCACAUGGAAAAAGGAGUUCCAGACAUGGCAGGUUGAGGAUAUCCCACUACUCGACUUUUAUAGUGUGAAAGCAGAUAAUCGUAUACAGCAACUGGAGGUCUUGAAACAGUGGGUGGAGCACAAGAGUAUACUUUUCUUAGGGUACAAGCAGUUCUCCACAAUUGUCUGUGAUGAUGUAAACAAUAAGGUUGCAGCUAAUUGUCAAGAGAUAUUGCUCAAGCGACCAACAAUUUUAAUUUUGGAUGAAGGGCAUACGCCAAGGAAUGAGAACACAGAUGUCCUGCAAUCACUUGCCAAGGUGCAGACACCGAGGAAGGUGGUGCUUUCUGGCACCCUUUACCAAAAUCAUGUCAAAGAGGUAUUCAAUAUAUUGAAUCUUGUUCGCCCGAAGUUUCUGAGGUUGGAUAAUUCCCGGGGCAUUGUCAAACGUAUUAUGAGCAAGGUACAUUUCCAAGGGGUGAAGAAGCAUCUGAAAACUGGGGAGACAAUUUUCUAUGACUUGGUUGAGCACACAAUACAGAAAGAUCAAGAUUUUAGAAGGAAAGUGAGUAUCAUUCAGGAUCUUCGGGAGAUGACCAGCAAGGUCCUUCAUUAUUACAAAGGAGAUUUCUUGGAUGAGCUUCCUGGACUUGUUGACUUCACCAUAGUGCUCAACCUUAGUUCAAGACAGAAGAAAGAGGUUGAGAAAUUGAAGAAGAAGUGGGCUAGGAAAUUCAAGAGAAGUUCUGUUGGGAGUGCUGUUUAUCUGCACCCAAAUUUGUACAAUGUGUCUGAAAAUACUGACAUGACUGAUGCCAAAAUGGAUGAAUUUUUGGAGGAAUUGAAUGUAAGAGAUGGAGCAAAAGCAAAAUUCUUCCUUAAUAUCCUAAACUUAUGUGAGUCAGCUGGAGAAAAGCUGUUGGUUUUCAGUCAGUAUCUCACGCCAUUAAAAUUUUUAGAGAGGCUGACAGUAAAAGCGAAGGGUUGGAUUUUAGGAAGAGAAAUAUUUGUAAUCUCAGGUGAAUCAAGUUCUGAUCACCGGGAAUGGUCCAUGGAGCAAUUUAAUAAUUCCAUUGAAGCAAGAGUUUUCUUCGGAUCAAUUAAGGCAUGUGGAGAGGGAAUUUCUCUUGUUGGGGCAUCUCGCAUUCUUAUUUUGGAUGUUCAUCUGAAUCCUUCAGUUACUCGGCAAGCUAUAGGGCGUGCAUUCCGUCCAGGCCAAAAGAAGAAAGUGUAUGCUUAUAGAUUAGUUGCUGCUGAUUCACCUGAAGAGGAAGAUCAUAGUGCUUGUUUCAGAAAGGAAGUUAUUGCAAAAAUGUGGUUCGAAUGGAAUGAGUACUGUGGUUAUCAGGAUUUUGAGGUGGAGACAGUUGAGCUGAAAGAGUGCGGCGACCUCUUCCUGGAAAGCCCUCUAUUAAGGGAAGAUGUGAGGGAACUGUACAAAAGGUGAUGGGCUGCAGGCUGGGGAAGUGAAAGAGAAAUGAAAUGUUAAUGCUACAGAAGAAAAGUAAAAGAGAUCAAUGUAGAAAUGCUUUGUUUUUGUUUAUAUUUUUUACUGUAUGUAAAAUAUUAGUAGGAUCCAUAAUAUUUUUGUUCAAACUUUUGUGUUAAGUUUCAAAUUUAAGUGUGCUUCUUGGGAGCCAAUUGGCAAGAAAGAUGUACAGUGGAAAGGAUAGUUGAUAGCUUCUAGUUUACCAUUUUCA